AUUUUACAACGCCCGUUGUUUGGACGUGAUUGUGCUUAGAGCACGACAGUUGUAAUAUUUUCCUUUAUCACGAAAGUUAUUAAGUGAAUAUACCUCAAUAAUGACUAGGGACGUAAAAGAGAGGGUGGAAUUUGACUCCCUGCUUACAGCGGCCGGUGAGUUUGGUCGAUACCAAAUUUUAAUGGCGCUUGCUAUGUUCCCCUUCUACACUUUCGUCGUGUUUGUGUAUUUCACACAGCUGUUUCUGACUGAAGUGUCACCGAACCAUUGGUGCUGGGUUCCGGAACUGGAAAACUUAACUGCAAUGGAGCGGAGAUCAUUGGUAGCACCUCCAGACGAUAGUACACGAUUUGGUUACUCCAAAUGUAGGACAUAUGAUGUUGAUUGGACAAAUGUACUGCACACUGCGCAGACGCCAAACAAAUCGUGGCCAACAAUUCCCUGUCAAAACGGCUGGGAGUUUAACAAAAGUGAAAUACCUUAUCCAACAAUAACAAGUGAAAUGGGUUGGGUGUGUGAAAAAGACAGUUAUCCAGCUUCAGCCCAGUCCGCAUUUUUCGUUGGAUCCAUUGUAGGAAGUUUUUUUAUAGGUUUCAUAGCUGACCGUUAUGGACGUUUAAAAGCCACGAUUAUCAGUAACAUGAUGGGUUGUAUAUUUGGUACUUUGAGUGUGCUUUCCACAAACUUAUAUGACUUUAUGGCCUAUAGAUUUUUUACUGGCAUCGCUUAUGACAGUUGCAGAAACAUGGCAUAUCUUAUUGUUCUAGAGUUUAUAGUGCCAAAGCAUAGAAGUGUUAUAUCCAACGUGUCUUUUGCGAUAUUUUACAGUUUGGCACUUGUUGUCUUACCUUGGAUUGUUCUAGCUAGUGGACAUUGGAAAAUUGCAGCAUUAGUUACUUCAGUGCCUAUUGGAUUUUCAUUAUUUACGCCGUUAUUUCUUCCUGAAAGCCCAAAGUGGUUAUUGUCUAAGGGAAGAAUCGAUGAAGCCGUCAGCAAAGCUCAAAGGGUGGCGAAAAUUAAUAGAAAAACGAUUCCCAAGGAUCUUAUCGAAAAGUUUAAAACGAGUGCUUCACAAUGCGAAGAAGACAAAGACAUUAACAUAUUAGAAGUUUUGAAAAGACCAUUUUUAAGACGAGCUUUCCUCAUUAUAAUUCUCCAGUACACGUGCGUAUCUGUUACGUUUGAUGCAUUAUUCAGGAGUAUAAAACAAUUAGAUUUUGACUUCUUCAUUUCUUUCACAUUGAUAUCAUUCACUGAAUUCCCGUCGACGUUCAUAGUCGGUUUUAUUAUGGACAUUUUCGGAAGGAAAAGUCUUGUGUUUGUGUUGCUAACAAUUUGUGCAAUAUUCAGUGUAAUGACAACAUUCUUCUCUGGCUGGCCAUCUCUUGUUUGCGCGUUUACAAUGAGAUUUAUGUUAAAUAUGGCAUUUAAUAUAUCCAUGCAAUGGAUUCCUGAGAUUCUUCCAGCUGCUGUGAGGGCGUCUGGCACAUCUAUAGUUCAUAUUUGUAGUUUUAUAAUUCUUAUUAUUUCUCCCUAUAUUGUAUAUUUGGAAGUGUACGUUUCAUGGCUUCCAUUAGUAAUAUUAGCUUGUAUUUGCAUAGUAGGGGCCUUAACAGCUUUAUUUUUACCAGAGACAGCCAAUAGAGAAAUGCCUCAAACAUUUGAUGAUGCUGAAGAAAUGGUUAAGAAUCUAAAACUCUGGGACUUUACGUAUUGUACGAGAAACCGAAAACAGAAAAAGGGCAUAGAAAAUCCCGGUAUUGUAUGUGAUUAAUUAGAUAAUAGUUAGGUUAAUUAAAACGUAAAUUAGAUUAUUGUAUUAUAAUUGUUAAAUCGAUUACAAUGUUAACCAAAACCUGUCUAAUUUUAUAGUAUUUUUUUUUCAAAAAAGCAUGUUAGCAUUAUUAUUAUCUAUAGAAAUAGACCAUCGUACAAUAUAGAAAACUGAUCAAAUAAAUAUAUGUAAUAUUCUUUUACGCAACUUAAUACUAAGUUAGGUGAAUGGCAAAUAUCUUCUUAAUAUUCAUUUAUUUUGCAUUUAAUAGUAGUUCUAAUAUUCAUUCACAAUCAUAAAUAGGGAAUAUUCAGUAGGUAUUUGAGCAAAAUUACGUAUCUGUGCAUAUUAAAUAUAAAGUUACACCUAUUUUCCUCUUCUAUAAUUAUGAUGAAAUCAGACAGUGAUCAAAAACCAAAAGGUGAUGUUGAGAAGAAAAUUGGUACCUAAUUCUUUAAAAUGUUUUUUUAUACUUUCUGUUUAAAUAGAAAACAAUAUUUUGAAGGAUAAUAUAAAAAUGAAUGUUUCCAUACUUGAAGCAAGAAUCGAGCGAUUGAUUUUAUAUAUUCAUAACUGGACAUGUUCAAAUUAUAUCCAAAAAGCAAUAAACCAAGUUACCAAUACCAACCUAUACCAUUUUUCAUAAUAAUUAUAAAAAUAAAUGGUAAACCUUAUAUAAUUCUACACACAUUACAUUUGCAAUUUCAACAUUAAUUGAUUCUAGUUAUAAAUAAAGUUUUAAACCAAUAUCUCAGUAAUAGCAUAAUAAUCUGAUGAAUAUUUUGUACAGUAGGUAUGUAUUUAUAAAUUUUGUAACUACUUUAAAUACUCGUUUCUAAGUUAAAAGUUAAAGUGUGAGACUCAAGAAUAAUGCUAAUUAAUAAAGAAAUAAUCAGCGAUGUAAUAAGUAGGUACCUGCUUUAUAGAAAAUAAUAACUAAGGUAUAAUUAUACCUACAGUAAUCGCGGCGUAGUUAUACCUGAAGUAUUCCUAUAUACAAUAAAAUGCAAAGAUCACGUGGAAUUAUGGUAUAAAUAAUUGUUUUUUACAAAUAUGAACAAAUUGGAGAGGUACCUAUUUGUUGUAUUUCUUUAGAAAAUCUUCAAAGCUGAUGUAAUAUUAUAUUGUUCGGUAUUGAUUUGUACCACCUUCUUGGUUCAGUGGUUAACGCGUGAGCAUAGAGCCGAGGGUCCUAAGUUCGAUUCACGAAAGGACUAAAAAAAAUAGGUCUGACAGGUCACACGAUCAGUGAAACAGAUGCAUAAUGUAUCUUCCGCCGGGGACAAGGGGCACGGUUAUGCAAUUUACUUGAUAGGAAGUGAAUAAUAAAUAAGCUAAAUUAUUAAAUUUUUAUUAUUUUUUAAUUCUAUACUAUUUAUAAUUACAUAGCAACUGAGCAUGAAUGAUAAAUAUCUUAACAAAUAGAAAUGAAUUACAAACAACCUGUAAUGAAUUUCAAUGGAAAUUUUAACGAGUCCUCGAACAACUCUACUUCUUUAGAAACGGUAAAUCGCAUCUGUAAUUCACGAUUUACAUAACAUUACAAGCGUGUCGAAAUUAUAUUAAUAUAUUUUUUAAUGCUCAAAACGAUGAGAGUUAAAAUGAACUAACACAAUUCAAUAUUCUUAUUACUUUAUGUUAAAAUAUAAUUUUAUCAUAUUUUAACGCUUUAUCCUAAGUGAAAAUUAACACAACAGUAACAACUACACUCCAAAAGGAGCUAAUCAAUUAACAACUAGAUAUUUCAAUAUAAUUAAAAUAUAAAACCGCUCUAUUACGUAUACUUAUCGAUAUUAGCAAAAUUUAUAUUAGGUGGCCCUAUCAAUUACUAUUGAUCAUUCUGAUACUCUUUACACAUACCAAAUAUAACUAAAAUAGUGCGAGUGUUUUUAUUACGCUUUUUUGUCAGAAACGAAUGCGCAAUAUAUCUAUUGAUUUUUUUAGCUCAGGAAUGUUGUUCACUAGCAACUGAAUAAGAAAUCCUUGUUAGCGCUCGCAAUAUAGCAUCUCCGAGUCAAUGCUAAUGAGCAAUCAACAGUUUCCUAUUCAUCGGUAUAAACAGCACAAAUAUUUUGUAGAAUAUAUUUCAAAGAGCUUCAUAAGUGAGUUUUAAUAACGGCCAUUAUAAAGGGGUUUUGCAAAUCUACCAUAAAUGUACCUAGAUAAUAUAAAUGCAGUUUUAAAUAGCUUUUCCUCAUUAAUCUUCUUUAUCCUAAUAUUUAUUGCAUAUAUUAUUUACCACAGUGCCGACAAAUUGUACAUUGAAAAUCUUUAAAAACUAGAUAAUAAAAGAGAUGCACAAAUAAAAAAAUAAAACUUGUGUCUCAUUGUGACGAAGAGAUAUGAAAAGGUCCAUAUCAAAAAUCUAUGUCUUUGUUCCCUUAAACAGUAGCACAGAGUGAACAAAAGACCCCUAAUUUAUUACAGUUAUUUUUGAUUUAAUACUGUUUUAACAACAAUUACUUUAUUAACAACAAUAUUUCCAUUACUUAAUACCUCCUGAUUUGAAUAUCUCCACUUUGUAUUGUGAAAUAUUAUUACUAAGCAGGAAAAUAGUAUUAGAACGAUGACUAGAUUCCACGUAAACAAUCCUCUCAAUCAACUAACUGAAUUACUGAACAAUAUAGUGCACGCCGACACUGUCACUAGGACUCAAAUCGCAUUAUUUACCCUCGAAAUGCUUUCAGCUGGUUAUCGAGCGGUAACGUAGUGAUUCUAUUAGGCUGGUAUGCAUCAAUACGUACCUAUGUAUCGUACUUUGUGGAAACUUGCGGCUUAUAAUUAAUUACUUAACGAACAUUAGUAUACCUAAACUAUGUAUUUAUUAUUUAAAUCUUGUUCAGAUAAUGUUGAAAUCGAAGGAAAGUUAUGGAUAGAUAUA